AUGACUGCGGAGAGAGAUACCUUCGCCCUGCAGUGGGAGGCCCCUAAGGGGGGGGAGAUGGGCUGCAUUCCGAAAGGCCUCUGUCCAGUCAUGCGUUUUCCCGCUUCAAAGACACCUACAGAGCCAGCAGCGACUGCAGAGGGUGCAGCGGCACGUGCGGAUGCGUUCAAUGCGCACUUUUUCACGUUUGAUAGGUCAUCGACUAUUGGAGUUCAGCGGCUGCUCCCGCUGCCUCCUUCUGAAGCAGCAGGCGCAGCUGCAGCGGUGAAGACUGAGAGCAGCACGCUCACCAUUGCAGCAGCGGCUGCUGCUGAUGGCGGUGUGACAGCCCUUGCAGCAGCAGAGGCUCAGGAGGCAAGUGCACCGCUGCAGCUCUUCGCAGGCCUUACCAACGGGCAGCUGUGGCAUCUCGAAGUGAAGACGCAACUGCAGCACCCGCUGCGACUUGUUGCAUCUUCCAAACAGCUUCUCUGCUGUCGGAUGGCGGAGCCAGUGGACGUGGUGUGCUGCUACGUCCCCUCCGAAACAGCGCAGGAGGAGUCUGCGAAAGUCUCAGAAAGACUCCAAAACGGCAAGUGGCGGCUCAUGGUGAUCGUGCUGUACAGCGACGGCGUGAGCGUCACGGCAUGGCCUGAAGACACACACGAGCAAACAAAAGAGCUUCCGCCGGUAGAGGCAGGAUCACGUCUUGCUGUGUCACCUCUUGGCCACCGAGUGGCUAUCAGCACCACAAAGCGUCGCUUGGUGCUCCUCGAGCGAUGCGGAAAGACAUUUUCUGUGCUCAAGGAUUUCACUCCCCUCAAACUCUGCGCUCCGGAGGAAGCCGCUGCUCAACCGUGCUGGCUAUCUCGGGCUUGGAGAGCAGGCGCUGUUGCUUCCAGGAGGUUCGCAGCUACGGCAGUGCAGCGUGAAGAGUGGCUGGGAGGUGAUGGAGUUGCCCCCCUGUUUAGCUGCUGGCUUCGGUUUGCUGCAGCCGCUUGCAUGCUUGACGGAGGAAGAAGCUUUGCGCAGUGUCGUUGGGGGGACAGACGUCUGCCCCCUGCUUUGCAGUGUUUCGAGAGAGGGGCGAAUAGACGUCUGGUGCCUGCAGCGGGCGGAGCCACUCAAGCUGCUGCUUCUGGUUUGCACGGUGUUAUCGUGCUGCUGCGGGAAGACGGUUGCCUCGGUUAUGUCUCUCUCAGGCGUGAGGCGCUACGACAGGCUGUGCAGAAGGCAGUGGAGAUGUCUGCAGGAGUGGGUCGAAGCAGCGAGGCUGCAGGUUCAAGAGCUCAAUCCGACGGCAAAGCAGCAUCAGCUGCUGCGAGACGGCCAGAGGCAGAGCGAGGGGCAACUCAGAAGGCGGAGAGGCAGAAGAAAGGAAAGCGCAGAGCACCUGAAGUGUCAAGGGGUGAUGAAGGUGAGGAAAUGAUACGGAUGGGGAAUAGCAGGGAUAGCGGGGAGGGGAAGGAAGUGAGUGAGUGCAACUUGCGGCCGGUAAAGUUUGCCUUGGUUUCUUCUCGUUGUCGUGCGUGGACUGGCACUUUAUGCAAAGCUUUAGCAGUGCAGCCACCUCUUGAGGAAGUUGGAAGACGCAAGUCAUUAAGGGCUUGCGGGUUCGAGGGGGAGGGAGGGCUGUCUUUGACAGGCGAGGGCGUGGCUGCGACUUCAGUGGAGGCGUUCUUGAGCCGCGAGGCAGCGGAGAACUCUUCCGAAGAAUCCGAAGAAGACGCUGAGGGGGAAGGCCUCUUUGACGAGAUGGAAGCAGAAGAAACAUCUCCCGUGAAGGACCGAAAGGCGGGGAGAAGAUACCGUCAGACAUCUCUACGGGCAAACGACAGCGCUAGCAGCAGUGAUGAAUCGGAAGUGCCUGGCAGACGUUCGAUGGAGUUGCCUUUCGCAGAGGAGGAUGCCGAUGCUGCUUUCGCCCCAAGUGUGAGAGACGUGCAAGCACAGCUGCGAGAGAUGCAGGCGUUGCUCAGUGCGCUCACGAAGAAGCAGCAGGAAGUCAGACAGCCUUUCUUGCACCCGGGGGGAGGACCCCAACCAGCAGACGCAGGCAAACCCUGGUGUCUUUACUGGACGCAACACGGCCAUAUAACGAAGACACUUACUGCAGACAACUCGAUCCUCGAUAUCUUCAACUUCGCGCAGGGAGCUGCCGCCGAGGGAACGGCUCACAGAAAGCUCGCAGAUCUGCAGAAUGCCUUCACGGCUGCUCUGUGUGAGGCUUCCCCUCUUUCCCUCCGGGCAGUUACCAGGCCCUAUCAAUGCAUGCUGCUCUAGUCUCGCGUUUUCUGAAUUGUUUUUCCUUCAGGCAGGGCUGGUGUUCUCCUCGCGGCCUCUGGAGCCUCACAUAGUGUCAUGGAGUUUCGCUCCUUCUUGGAUGCAGGUUCUUGGGUGAAACACUUCCCCGAGGGGGAGAAAAUCCUGGGAGUUGCCGCAGGGGAUGCCUUCGUGGCUGCAAUCACAGAUGCUAAGAGCUUGCGUAUUUUUACUCUUGGAGGGACGCUGCUCUACACGGCGGAUGUUUUUGGCCGGCCGGUGUCUCUCUGCGCUUCCCAGCAGUUGCUCGUUGUUUUGACGCAAACUGGAUGCAGCGAGGGAGCUCUACAGCUGCACUGUUCGCUGAUACACGUACAUCCCAUCCCAGUUUGGCCUGAAGCGCACUUCAAGCUGCCUAUUUCUGUCUUCAAAAGAAGGCUUGCAGCUCCACCCGCCGCUGCUGCUUCCAUGCCCGAAGUGGAUAUCCUCCACGAAGGUGUUGUAAGGGGCCUGCUGCCAGUUGCUUGCUGCCCGAGCAGUGGCAGCGGCACUGGAUACGCGUUUAAGUGGGUGAAAGUGUGUUCUCUGGAGGACGCAUGCAUCUCGGCGGCUCUGCAUCCAGUGGUUAUUGACGAAACGAAGGGAGAGCUGGGUGUGAUUCGUUUGAAAACGGAGGAGAGUGUAAACUCGAAGUUUCCUGACUGCUCUGUGGCGGAGCCGCUUUUUGGCUACACGUUGGAGCCUCUUCCCCUGCGCAUUCCCUCGCCAGAUCUUUGGCCUUUCCCCCGCUGGCAGCGAUUGCUUCGUCAAGACAGAAAUCUGAAGGGGGUUGGCAGCGAUGGGGGGGGCGAUGCGGCUUUGGUGCCUUGGCCUCAGUAUGACGAGUUGCGCGUGCAGCAGGAGCUAGCCAUAAGACAGCUCAAUCAUGUGGUUAGUAUUUGCGUCGGUGCUGCUGCGGGGGGGCCGGAGAAAGAGGAGGCCGAAGCCAGAGAAGCUCACAGGAAGCUGCAGCUCCUUUCUAAAAGGCAUGACAAGUUCUGCCUGAGGGGCUUUGCCAAGUGCAGUGACGAUAAAAGGACAUAUGGGGGGGUAGAAAAAAGGAAAUCGCUCAAAGAGUGCUGUUCGGCUGCACAAGUCGGAUCGGCGAAGGGGGGUAGGGAUACGUGA